AUGGCCGGCAAACAAGGGCAAGGUGUAGAGGUAUUACUGUUGAGUAACAUGAGCGUUCUUUAUUGGACAAAAUGGAAAGACCAAUAUUCGAAAAAUAUAUUGCAAGGAAGGUUUUAUAUGGGAGAGAUGAUUGUGUUAAAAAAUUACUGUUUUUCGAAGAAAAUGGCAUCGAACAUCAUUUCCGCAUCGCACAUAAAAGCAGCUACACUUGCCAGUGACCGCGAAAGUUACUUGAGAAUAUGUCGUAAGAUUCUUAAAGAUGAAACCAGGAAAUGCUUUGAAAUGCUUUUCAACUUACGUGAAUCGUUGGUAAGAAUGUAAAAUGUAUUGGUUAUGCAAUUCUUGUUUACUUUGCUUGAAUGUUUGUCUGUAAAAUAUACUGCUUGUCACUGGGCAUUUUAUAUAAAUUUCAUUUAUAUUUUAUAUUUUCUUUUAGGGAGAGGAAUAUCGAAAGAUUCAAGUGCGUUCGUAUGGUAGAAGUAUGACAUGUAUUGCCAAACACGAUAAGGAAGCAGCUCAAUUCAUGGGUUUACUGCUCUACUAUGCAGGAAUACUUCAAGCUUAUAGCAAGGGGAAUAAACCGAGUGACAUUCAUGUUACUUCUGAAGGUUUAGAAGUUAAGUUUCAUUCCUGGUAUUUAAAAGAAUGCAACCAAGAAUCGUAA